AUCCAAACGGUUUAUAAUUCUCUCCCUUUGAAAAAUUUGCACCAUUUGUAACGAUUGUUCACCGUUUUUGGGAAAGAAGGGUUUUUUAGUCUCAAAUAUUGGUAAAGAGUAACAAUCAAGUGGUACCAGUAGAAAGCAACAACAACAAAAACACUGUUGAGCAGAGGUACAGAUACAAUAUGUGUGUGUGUGUGAAGAAAUAUGUUGUGAUUUGUAGACGCAUGUGCGAAAACCACUCUUGAAAGAAAACCAGUGCUUUGGACCAUGUGAUCAUUAAUUUCCUUACUGAAUUUUCUUAGUGCAUUGAAACGUCAUCUUUACAAACGAGUGAGUUAAAGUUUUGUUUGUGAAUAUUCUUGUAUUCGAAAAUGCGACCUGAAGAAACACGUGGCUGAAUAUCCAGUUAAAAAGAAUUAUUUUAUCAAUCAUUGUAGAAAAUAAGAAACCUCAAAAUACAUCUGUCAAUACAGUGUGUUUUAAAUCAUUUACUUGUAGAUUCAAUCUUCAAGUAUAUAUAACAAUGUCUACUAGUAAGGAAAGUUUCAGAUGUAAAAUAUGUGAUCGGUUUUUUUCAUCUAGUAGUAGUCUUAAACAACAUAUGACAAUACACACUGGUGAGAAGAAUCAUAAAUGUGAAAUAUGUUAUAGUUCAUUUUCUAAGAGCAGUUAUCUUAAACAACAUAUGACAGUACACACUGGUGAGAAGAAUCAUAAAUGUGAAAUAUGUCAUCGUUCAUUUUCUCAGAGAGGUAAUCUUAAAACACAUAUGAUAGUACACACUGGUGAGAAGAAUCAUAAAUGUGAAAUAUGUCAUCGUUCAUUUUCUUAUAGAAGUAAUCUUAACCAACAUAUGACAAUACACACUGGUGAGAAGAAUCAUAAAUGUACAAUCUGUCAUAGUUCAUUUUCUCAGAGCAAUGGUCUUAAAGAACAUAUGACAAAACACACUGGUGAGAAGAAUCAUAAAUGUGAAAUCUGUCAUAGUUCAUUUUCUAACAACAGUAAGCUAAAAAGACACAUGACAAUACACACUGGCGAGAAGAAUCUUAAAUGUGAAAUAUGUCAUCGUUCAUUUUCUCAGAGCAGUAGUCUUAAAACACAUAUGACAAUACACACUGGUGAGAAGGACCAUAAAUGUGAAAUAUGUCAUAGUUCAUUUUCACAUGAUUGUGAUCUCAAAAGACAUAUGACAAAACACACCGGUGAGAAGAAUCAUGAAUGUCAAAUAUGUCAUCAUUCAUUUUCUACAAGCAGUAAUCUUAAGCAACAUAUGACAAUACACACUGGUGAGAAGAAUCAUAAAUGUGAAAUAUGUCAUCAUUCAUUUUUUUACAGCAGUAAUCUUAAACAACAUAUAACAAGACACACUGGUGAGAAGAAUCAUAUAUGUGGAGUAUGUCAAAGGUCAUUUUCUCAGAGCAAAAGUCUUACACAACAUAUGACAAAACACACUGGUGAGAAAAAUCAUAAAUGUGAAAUAUGUCGUCGUUCAUUUUCUCAUAGCAGUAAUCUUAAAAGACAUAUGACAAUACACACUGGUGAGAAGAAUUAUAAAUGUGAAAUAUGUCAUCGUGCAUUUUCUAUUAGCAGUAAUCUUAAACAACACAUGAUAAGACACACUGGUGAGAAGAAUCAUAAAUGUGAAAUAUGUCAUCGUUCAUUUUCUCAUGCCAGUACCGUUAAACAACAUAUGACAAUACACACUGGUGAGAAGAAUCAUAAAUGUGAAAUAUGUCAUAGUUUAUUUUCUCAGAUCAGUAAUCUCAAACAACACAUGAUAAAACACACUGGUGAGAAGAAUCAUAUGUGAACUAUGUCUUUGUUCAGUCAGGAUGUAAAUAGACAGAUGACAAUACACACUGGUAAAAUGAAUUGUAAAUGUGCAAUAUUAAAUCAUUCAUUUACAUUGGAGAGAAGAAUAAUGAAUGAAAUAUGUCAUGUGUCAUUUUCUGAGAGCAGUGCGAAGACUUAAUAGACGCAUGACAAUACACACCUUCAAAGAAUAAUCAAUUUAUCCUUUAAGGAUCGUGGCAGCCGACAUAGGCAUAUUAAGAUCCAUAGACCAUACUAACAAAAUUACAUAAAAAUGCAAAUAUUGCUAAUUCGAGUGAUCAAAUACGUGUGAGAAGCAAACAUGCCAGAGAACGCACACAAGUGGGAAAUUUUAUAAAUUCGAUACAUGUGAUAAAUCAUUUUUUACGAAAAGAGAUCUUAAAUCCCACGUUUAGAUGCACAUUUAAGUGAAUAAUUUUAAGUGCAUUCAAACCAUUAAAGCACUAUAUCUAUCAUGCAUAUCGUAUGCAAUGCUAUUUACUAUGGUAUACUGCUGAGACCGGAAAAUGACACAGCAAAAAGCAGAAAGGCAGAAAGAAAGGAAAGAAAAUAA